AUGGAGAGUAUUUUUUCACAAUCUUCAACUGAUCAUCAAUCAAUCUUUCCUUACAAUAAGCAGAUGAAAAAUCCAAGGAAAAACACUCGUUCUUUCAAUUCCAAACCCGGUGAAAACAUGCACAGAGGUCUUUUGUUAGCUCCUCCUCUUCUCUCAUAUUCAUAUCCUCCUUCCCAUUCACUUCAUAACUAUCAGCAUCAAAAGGCUCCACCUCUCCUUCCUCUACCAAUACCCAACAAUAAAACCCUUCACACCUCUCUCCCAUCUCUGAGCCGGAAUCUCUCUUGUCCUCCCACUAAUAAAAAGUCCAACAGGACAAGAGACCAAUCUCUGACCCCUAAGAAAUCAAAACAACCCACCACCAAAAGACCAGAACAAGAGCCAAAGACAGAUUUUUUAAAACCUGCUAAAAAACCAAUAGCAGAGUCUUUGAUCUUCACAUCGGUCGACCCUUUAGGACCAGACCCAAAUGAUCUUCCUAAGAAUGUAUCUAAGGUUUUAUGUGCAGGUAUUGAUGCUGUUAGUGGUUUUGAGUUUGAGAAGUUUUCAGGUUCUGGGUUUACUAUAUCUCCACCUCCAAGUAGCUUGCCUUUGCCUAAGUUUUCUCUCAGACCUAAGCUCAUCAGUUGUAACGCUGAAGCUGCAGGGAUUGAUGCUGGAGCAACAGACAAUCUCCGCCGACUGUUGCGUCUCCGAUGA